AUGUUAGUAUGGAUCCUCCUGAGCCUAAUGGAAAUGGCUGUUCCAGUGGAAACACAGUCUGGUGAGAAGAGAGGAAAUGGGGCGCAUGGAAGGCCCAAAACAGUUGGCAAAGGAAAAUUGGCAAAGUCUACAAUUAAAUUUUUACCACGUCUGUCUCAGAUAAGCACUAAGCCACAAUGGCAGGAAGCUGCUCCUUUAUUCCACUUGAGAAAAGAACAGAAAGAUGAUGGACCUGAUGAAUUUACUGUCAAAAAUGAGUUUCCACCUGGAGAAUAUUUGGAAAAAAAGAAUAAGAGACGCAAAAUACAGGACUCUGAAGUUGGCGAACCAAUUGCUGGAACAUCAGCUUGUAAAGUGCAGGACAGCUAUUGUCCAAAAAAGGCUCGUGAAAAUUUUAGAAGUGCUCUUGUUAAUAUCAUAAUGCAGCAAAGCUUUACUGUGGAGCAGCCUACUUCCCUAGAUGAAACUCAGCCUCCAAAAGCAGAUUUUUCUUCACCAAUAGAAAAAGACAUAUUGAAAUACUACUAUUACAUUCAUCAUGGAAUUGAUACAGAACACGUGGCCCCAAUGGAUGAUUCUUGGCUGAAGCAUAUUUUGGAUUUAGUCCCACGGCAUCUGAAAGUACUUAGCAAAAGUAUUAAUUUAUUGUCUGAUGAAAUGAAAGAAGACUAUCUUCUCAGUGUAAAGAAAGCCAUAGUUGACUUUGUUUUAAGAGAUCCCAGGGAAAAAGAUGAAGACACGAAGCCAGAGCUUCCAUCUCAUCGUGCAGAAAUAGAAAUACUGCCAAAGCCUUGGCAUAAGUCAUUCUUGUCAGCUUGCACUUAUAUAAAGGAAAAUUUGCAUGCAAUGAACCCUACAAUGUUGGCUGUUCUGGACUUAUGGGAGACAUCUUUUAAAAAUUUACGCUUAGUUGAUAAAGAAGCAUAUCACAGUCGUCAGGAAUCAAUGGAACUCUCGUUCUUCCAGACUAUUGCUGUAAAGCACAUGGAAUCUGCCAAAGAUGUUCUACUUAAAAAGUGGUUUCCAGAAGUACAAAACAUUUAUUACCAAGGUAAUAAACGAAAGCAAGUGCCUACCAAUGCCAGCAGUGCCAAAUUAGAAUCUUUCUUCAACUGUGCUGCAACUUUAAUGACUCAACAACUGCAAAGCUUAGCCUUAAAAUCGAUGCAAGACUUUACAGAUUUAAUUGUUCAACCUCCAAAAUCUGUUCGAACCUAUGAGCAUCCAGGCUUCAUCAUGAGACUGAUCCUUGACGAUGACUGUAUUAGGUUUGAGCCUGACUUUAAUGACUAUGAAGUUAUUUUUCUGAAUAUUUAUAACAUUAUGAUUAAAGCUGUCAAUCUUGUGCCAAGAGUUGAGACCAAAUUGUAUUCUAAGUGGCCUGAAAGCAAAAUCAAAUCUGGUAACUUGAAGCCUAUUAUCCUUGAUGAAAUCUUGAAUGAACAUAGGAAAAGGAUAAAAAAUGAGAUCACCAAAGCAAGCAUUGCACCUAUGGAGCAUCUCAAACUAUAUGAUAAGUUUAGACUCUUAAUAAACAAACAAGCUGAACAGGAUGUUGAUCAGUUCCUAACAGAGGAACAUACCUUUGAAGAAAUAACCGGAGAAAUUGUUAAGUACCAAAACCUCAGUGAGGAAAUACAGUACACGUCUAGGAAGUAUAUUCGUCUAGGAAUGUUUGAGUUACAUUGUGAUGAAUUGAUCAGAGCUUUGGCAAAGCGCGCAGAAGCUCUUUGUGGAAAAAUUAUUGCCAAAAUGUUCAAAGAUCAUCAAGAUAUAAACCUGAGAUUAUGUGAUGAGUUUGAGAAGAUAGCAGAAAAAGCUCUUACCACUCCUUCAAACACACAAGAGUUAAUGGAACUUAAGGCCUAUGUACAGAAAGUGGAAACAUGUGACAUACUUGAGCUGGAACAGAAAUUAGUGGAUGCUAAAAAUUGCCUUGCUUUCCUGAUAGAAUGUACAAACUUAUCACCGGCAGAUAUUAGGCUGAACAACAGUGUCUUUCAGUGGUAUGCACGAAUGGCAGAGAUUUUUGAAGAGCACAGAAAGAUAAUUAAAGAAAAAAUAGAACAAUUUCAAGCGGGACUUAAGAUCCGUUGUGAACGAUUUAUUGAGGAAUUGGAGAGUUACUCUAGGCAAGGUGAAGAAUUUUACACAUUUGGAGACAUUCAGGAAAUCAACAGAUAUUUGAAAAAAGCUCAGGCGUUGAAUGCAAAGUUGGAUGCAGCUGCUGAUAAGAUUGACCAGUUUAAUGCAGAAGAAGAGGCCUUUGGAUGGCCGGCAUCUCAAUACCCUCAGCGCAAAAAAAUCCAAGACACUCUUAAUCCAUAUCUUCGUCUCUAUGAUAUGACUAUAGAGUUCAACAGUAGACACAAAAACUGGAUGGAUGGAGAAUUCACAAAAGUGAAUCCAGACCAGGUAGAGGUAGAUGUAGGAAAUUACUGGCGUGGACUCUACAAACUAGAAAAAACCUUCCAUGAUUCUCCAAAUGCAUUAUCAAUAACAACAAAGAUUAAAGCAAAAGUAGAAGAAUUCAAAAAUCACAUUCCAUUAAUCCAGGUGAUUUGCAACCCUGGAUUGCGAAAACGUCACUGGCAAGCCAUGUCAGAUAUUGCCAAUGUCUCACUGACUCCUACUGAAGACUCAACUGUCUCUUCAUAUAUUAAUAUGCAUCUUGAGGCUUUCUUGGAGAAAUUUGAAACAAUUAGUGAAGCAGCCAGCAAGGAGCAUUCACUUGAAAAGGCCAUGAUGAAAAUGAUUUCUGAAUGGGAUGUGAUGGAAUUUAAUAUCCUUGCUUAUAGGGAAACAGGAACUCAUAUUUUAUCAUCUGUAGAUGAUAUUCAAAUGUUACUAGAUGACCACAUUGUUAAAACACAAACUAUGAGAGGAUCUCCAUUUAUUGCACCUUAUGAAACAAAUAUGAGGGAAUGGGAAGCUAAAUUGCUGUUGGUACAGGAGAUCCUGGAUGAAUGGUUGAAGGUUCAGGCAACUUGGCUGUAUUUAGAACCAAUUUUUAGCUCUCCUGACAUUAUGGCUCAGAUGCCUGAAGAAAGUAGACGAUUUACUACUGUGGAUAAGACGUGGAAAGAGUUAAUGAAAGCUGUCUUGCAUGACAAGCAUGUUCUGAUAGUUGUGAUGAUAGAUAAGAUGCUGGAAAAGCUGAAGAAGUGCAAUGAACUUCUGGAACUAAUUCUUAAGGGACUUAAUGAUUACUUAGAGAAGAAGCGUCUUUUUUUCCCCAGAUUCUUUUUCUUGUCUAAUGAUGAACUCCUUGAGAUUCUCUCAGAGACCAAAGAUCCUUCACGGGUACAGCCUCACUUGAAAAAGUGCUUUGAAGGAAUUGCAAGUGUGGAAUUUACUGAUGUUUUAGACAUUACCCAUAUAAAAAGUAGUGAAGGAGAGGUGGUGGAACUUAUAGAAACAAUCUCAACAUCUAAAGCUAGAGGUCAAGUUGAAAAGUGGUUAGUUGAAUUGGAGACAGCUAUGCUAAAUUCUAUCCACAAGGUGAUUGGGGAUGCAAUUGAAGCUUAUCCAAAAACUCAGCGUAUUAACUGGGUAAGGGAGUGGCCUGGACAGACAGUUCUUUGUGUAUCCCAAGCUUUCUGGACAUCAGAGGUACAAACAUCCAUUAGAAAAGGUCAAAAGGCACUUGAGGAUUACCUGGAACAGAAUACUGGACAGAUUGAGGACAUUGUCAGCUUGGUGCGAGGAAAGCUGUCCAAGCAGAAUCGUGUUACUCUUGGAGCACUUGUUGUGCUGGAUGUUCAUGCUAGGGAUGUUCUUGCAUCUCUAGUAAUCAAGAAAGUCAAAGAUGAAAAUGACUUUGAAUGGUUAAGCCAGCUUAGGUACUACUGGGAGGAAGGGCAUCUACAAACAAAGAUGAUCAACGCUGGUUUGAAAUAUGGAUACGAGUAUCUCGGCAAUACUCCUAGGUUGGUUAUUACUCCACUUACAGACAGAUGCUACAGAACCCUUUUUGGAGCACUCCGUCUUCACCUGGGAGGUGCCCCUGAAGGUCCUGCUGGAACAGGGAAAACUGAAACUACAAAAGACUUAGCCAAAGCUGUAGCUAAGCAAUGUGUGGUUUUCAAUUGUUCUGAUGGAUUGGAUUACCUUGCGUUAGGAAAAUUUUUUAAGGGUUUGUUAUCUUGUGGAGCCUGGGCUUGUUUUGAUGAAUUCAACAGAAUUGAUUUAGAAGUACUUUCUGUUGUUGCUCAACAAAUUCUUACUAUCCAAAGAGGUAUCAAUACAGGCUCUGACUUACUAGUAUUUGAAGGAACUGAACUGAAAUUAAACCCUACGUGUGCUGUUUUCAUUACCAUGAAUCCAGGCUAUGCUGGGCGUUCAGAGCUUCCAGAUAAUCUUAAGGCUCUCUUUAGGACAGUAGCUAUGAUGGUUCCUGAUUAUGCCAUGAUUGCAGAAAUUGUCCUGUAUUCUUGUGGAUUUGUUACUGCUCGACCUCUGUCUGUGAAAAUUGUAGCUACAUAUCGUCUGUGUUCAGAGCAGUUGUCUUCCCAACAUCAUUAUGAUUAUGGUAUGAGAGCAGUGAAGUCAGUGCUUACAGCGGCUGGUAACUUAAAGCUGAAAUAUCCAUCAGAAAAUGAAGAAAUUUUACUCCUUCGAUCCAUUAUAGAUGUAAACCUGCCUAAGUUCUUGUCCCAUGAUCUACCACUUUUUGAGGGCAUUACUUCAGAUUUGUUUCCUGGUGUGAAAUUGCCAAAACCAGAUUACAAUAUUUUACUGGAAGCUAUCAAAUCAAAUUGUGAUGCAAUGAAUCUUCAAAUGACAGAAAUUUUUGCUAUGAAGAUCUUACAGAUAUUUGAAAUGAUGAUUGUUCGUCAUGGUUUUAUGAUAGUUGGAGAGCCAUUUGGUGGAAAGACAUCUGCCUAUAAAGUUUUGGCAGCAGCUUUGGGUGACAUUUGUGAGAAGGGGUUGAUGGAGGAAAACAAGGUUCAGAUUACUGUUAUAAAUCCCAAGUCUAUAACCAUGGGUCAGCUUUAUGGACAAUUUGAUCCAGUCUCGCAUGAAUGGUCUGAUGGCAUCCUCGCAGUGAGCUUUAGAGCAUUUGCUUCUUCUGUUACACCAGACAGGAAAUGGUUGAUUUUUGAUGGACCAGUAGAUGCAGUAUGGAUUGAGAAUAUGAAUACAGUACUGGAUGAUAACAAGAAGCUAUGUCUUAUGAGUGGAGAGAUCAUCCAGAUGUCACCACAAAUGAGCCUUAUUUUUGAACCAAUGGAUUUAGAAGUUGCUUCCCCUGCUACUGUUUCCAGGUGUGGCAUGAUCUAUAUGGAACCUCACAUGUUAGGCUGGAGGCCACUGAUGAUGUCAUGGCUAAAUCUGAUGCCAUCUGGGCUAAGUGCUAUGUAUAAAGAAUUUAUAAUAGGCUUGUUUGAUCGAAUGGUUCCACUCUGUCUUGAGUUUAUUAGAAAAUGUACAAAGGAAUUAUCUCCUACUUCAGACACAAACUUAGUCAGAUCCUUAAUGAAUCUAAUGGAUUGUAUGAUGGAUGAGUUUGCUGAUGAAGCCAAAAUUAAAGCUAUGAGUGAACGUGACAUUUUCUCAUGGCUUGAGGGUAUUUUCUUGUUUUCAUUGACUUGGUCUGUGGGAGCUAGCUGUAAGGAGGAUGAUCGACUAAAAUUUGAUAAGCUUGUGCGAGAAAUCCUUGAUGGACCGAUUAGUGAUGAGACAAGAGAAUGUUAUAAAUUGUUGAGCAGUAUUGAUCAGCCAGCUUCAAAGGCCUUCACAGUCCCAUUUCCCACAGAGGGAACAAUUUAUGAUUAUCGAUUUGUUAAAAAGGGAGAGGGAAUAUGGGAGCCAUGGGUAGAAACACUCAAAUUGGCUCCUCCAAUACCUUGCGAUAUGAUGUUUAAUGAAAUCAUUGUACCAACUCUGGAUACUAUUCGAUACUCUGCUCUAAUGGAAUUGCUGACAGUGCAUCAAAAACCUUCUGUAUUUGUGGGGCCAACAGGAACUGGAAAGAGUGUCUAUAUUAUUAAUUUUCUUUUAAAUCACUUGAAUAAAAAUGUCUACAAGCCACUUCUUAUUAACUUCUCAGCACAAACUACUGCAGCUCAGACACAGAAUAUUAUCAUGUCAAAAUUGGAUAAACGAAGGAAGGGAGUUUUUGGACCUCCUCUUGGGAAGAGAAUGGUUGUUUUUGUAGAUGAUGUAAAUAUGCCAGCACGAGAGGUCUAUGGUGCUCAACCUCCUGUUGAGUUACUUCGUCAGUGGCUAGAUCACUGGAACUGGUAUGACCUGAAAGACUGCUCUAUGAUCAAACUUGUGGAUAUUCAGAUCAUGUGUGCAAUGGGACCUCCAGGUGGUGGCAGAAACCCAAUAACUCCUCGAUUCUUACGACAUUUCAAUACAGUUACCAUUAAUGAAUUUGAUGAUGAGUCCAUGCAUACAAUUUUUUCUAGAAUCUUGGAUUGGCAUCUUACUACAUGUUUUAGCUUUCCAGAAGAAUGUAUAGCACUGACUCCACAGAUUAUUAACAGUACCAUGGCUGUCUACAAAGAAGCUAUGAAGAAUCUGUUGCCCACUCCAGCCAAGUCUCAUUAUUUGUUCAACCUCCGUGAUUUCUCCCGUGUUGUUCAAGGGGUUUGUCUGUCAAGGCCUGAAACAACAGAAUCUGCAGGAACAAUAAAACGUCUCUGGGUCCAUGAGGUCCUCAGAGUGUAUUAUGAUCGUUUAGUGGAUAAUUUGGAUCGAGCCUGGCUUGUUGGGUUUAUUCAAGAAGUAGUGAAAAAUCACUUGCAUGAAGACUUCCAUAAACUUUUUCAGAACUUGGACUUCAAUUCUGAUGGCAUAGUGGAAGAGGAUGACUUACGUAGCCUGAUGUUUUGUGAUUUUCAUGACCCUAGAAGAGAAGACACCAACUACAGGGAGAUCAAUAAUGUGGACAAAUUGAGAUUAGUUGUAGAGAGCCAUUUGGAGGAAUUUAAUAACAUGAGCAAAAAACCUAUGCAACUUGUUUUGUUCCGUUUUGCUAUAGAGCAUGUCUGUAGAAUUUCACGGAUUUUGAAACAGCCUCGCAGCCACGCUCUUUUGGUUGGUGUUGGAGGCAGUGGCCGACAAUCCCUUACACGGUUAGCAGCUCAUAUGGCUGAUUAUACACUUUUUCAGGUUGAAAUAUCUAAGAGCUAUGGUAGCAAUGAGUGGCAUGAAGACCUAAAAGUCAUUCUAAGGAAAUCAACUGAGGGUGAUAUGCAAGGAGUUUUCUUGUUCACUGAUACUCAAAUAAAAAAGGAGUCAUUUCUAGAAGACAUCAACAACUUACUCAAUGCAGGGGAAGUACCAAACCUUUUUGCAGUAGAUGAGAAACAAGAAAUCUGUGAGCGAAUGCGUCAGAUAGACCGUCAGCGAGAUAAAACAAAGCAGACUGAUGGUAGCCCCAUAGCUCUUUUUAACUUGUUCAUUGAUCGUUGUCGAGACCAGCUGCAUGUAGUAUUGGCAAUGAGUCCCAUUGGAGAUGCUUUCCGUAAUCGCCUUCGGAAAUUUCCAGCUCUUGUUAACUGCUGCACGCUUGAUUGGUUCCAGACAUGGCCUGAAGAUGCAUUGGAAGCUGUUGCUUCUCGCUUUUUGGAAGAUAUUGAAAUGUCAGAGGAAACUCGGAAAGGCUGUAUUGAUAUGUGUAAAAGCUUUCACACUUCUACCAUAGCUUUAUCUGAUUUGUUUCAUGCUGAGCUUCAAAGACAUAACUAUGUUACACCUACUUCCUACCUUGAGUUAAUCUCCACGUUCAAAACUUUACUGGAAAAGCAGCGCACUGAGGUGAUGAAAAUGAAAAAAAGAUAUGAAGUUGGCUUGGAGAAGUUGAAUUCUGCUGCAUCACAGGUGGCCUCAAUGCAGUCUGAACUGGAAGCCCUGCAGCCUCAGCUAAGAGAUGCUAGCAAACAAGUUGAUGAGAUGAUGGUGGUUAUUCAGAAGGAAUCCUUGGAAGUAGCUAAAACUGAAAAAAUAGUGAAAGCUGAUGAAGCAGUGGCAAAUGAACAGGCCAUGGCUGCAAAAGCAAUCAAAGAUGAAUGUGAUGCUGAUUUGGCACAAGCCUUGCCAAUUCUAGAAAGUGCUUUAGCUGCUCUUGACACUCUGACCGCACAGGAUAUCACAGUAGUGAAGUCCAUGAAGAGUCCUCCUGCUGGCGUCAAGCUCGUUAUGGAAACUAUAUGUAUCCUGAAAGGCAUAAAAGCAGAUAAAAUCCCAGAUCCAUCAGGCUCAGGGAAAAGAAUAGAGGAUUUCUGGGGUCCGGCUAAAAGACUUUUGGGUGACAUAAGAUUUCUACAGUCACUUCAUGAAUAUGACAAGGAUAACAUUCCUCCAGCUUACAUGGCUAUAAUUAGGAAACAAUAUAUCACAAAUCCUGAGUUUGUACCAGAGAAGAUUCGAAAUGCUUCCACAGCAGCUGAGGGCCUGUGCAAAUGGGUCAUAGCCAUGGAUUCAUAUGAUAAAGUGGCAAAAAUUGUUGCCCCCAAAAAGAUAAAGCUGAAUCAGGCUGAAGGGGAAUUGAAGAUUGCCAUGGAUGGUCUUAGAAAGAAACAAGCAGCCCUAAAGGAAGUUCAGGACAAAUUGGCUCUUCUUCAACGGGCACUAGAAUCCAAGAAGCAGGAGAAGGCUGAUCUGGAAAAUCAGGUUGACUUGUGCAGCAAAAAACUACAGCGAGCAGAACAAUUGAUUGGAGGCCUUGGGGGUGAGAAAACUCGCUGGAACCAGACUGCUCUGGAGCUGGGGAGGCAGUACAUCAAUUUGACUGGAGAUAUACUCAUUUCAUCAGGAAUUGUAGCUUAUCUGGGAGCCUUCACAUCCAGCUACAGACAAAAUCAAACAAAUGAAUGGGCAUUGUUAUGUAAAACAAGAGACAUCCCCUGCUCAGAUGAUUUUUCCCUAACAAAUACUUUGGGAGAACCUGUGAAAAUCAGAGCUUGGAAUAUUGCAGGAUUACCAUCUGACACCUUUUCUAUAGAUAAUGGUAUCAUUACCUCUAAUGCAAGAAGGUGGCCUCUGAUGAUAGAUCCUCAGGGCCAAGCAAACAAAUGGAUAAAAAAUAUGGAAAAGGCCAAUAGUUUGCACAUUAUCAAACUCAGUGACCCUGAAUUUGUGAGAACCUUGGAAAACUGCAUUCAGUUUGGAACUCCUGUGCUGCUGGAAAAUAUUGGAGAAGAAUUGGAUCCUAUCCUAGAACCGCUUCUACUCAAGCAGACAUUUAAGCAGUCUGGUAGUAUAUGCAUUCGUCUUGGUGAUUCCACCAUUGAAUAUGCUCCUGACUUCCGCUUUUAUAUUACAACCAAAUUGAGAAAUCCACAUUAUCUUCCUGAAACAUCUGUUAAGGUAACAUUGCUGAACUUCAUGAUCACCCCAGAAGGAUUGCAGGAUCAACUACUUGGAAUUGUGGUAGCAAGAGAAAGACCUGAUCUGGAAGAAGAAAAGCAAGCUCUCAUCUUGCAAGGAGCUGAGAAUAAAAGGCAACUAAAAGAAAUAGAAGACAAGAUUUUAGAAGUUCUUUCAGCUUCAGAAGGAAAUAUUUUAGAGGACGAAACUGCCAUUAAGAUAUUAUCUUCUUCCAAAGCUCUGGCUAAUGAGAUUUCUGAGAAGCAAGCUGUAGCUGAAGAGACAGAAAAGAAGAUCGAUGCUACUCGAAUGGGCUACCGUCCAAUUGCUAUUCAUUCAUCAAUUUUGUUUUUCUCAAUUGCUGAUCUAGCCAACAUUGAGCCCAUGUACCAAUAUUCUCUCAUAUGGUUUAUUAACCUUUUUGUCAUGUCUAUAGAUAAUUCAGAAAAAUCAGAAGCUUUACAAACAAGGCUGAAGAUUCUCAAGGAUCAUUUUACUUAUUCACUCUAUGUUAAUGUCUGUCGCUCGCUCUUUGAAAAGGACAAAUUGCUCUUCUCCUUUUGUUUAACAGUAAAUCUUCUGAAGCAUGAAGGAUUGAUUAAUGAGAGUGAGUGGAAGUUUUUGCUAACUGGUGGCAUAGGGCUGGAUAAUCCAUUCUCUAAUCCCUGCACCUGGCUUCCUCAGAAGGCAUGGGAUGAAAUCUGUCGACUAAAUGAUUUGCCAUGCUUCAAGAAGAUUCGUAAAGAUUUUAUACGGCUGAAGGAUGGAUGGAAAUCUGUGUACGAUAGUCUGGAGCCUCACCAUGAGGAUUUCCCUGAAGAGUGGCAGCAGAAAAUGAGUGAAUUCCAGAGGAUGCUUGUCAUUCGCUGCUUGAGGCCUGACAAAAUUAUCCCAAUGGUGCAGGAAUUUAUUGUUGGCUAUCUGCAUCGUCCAUUUAUUGAGCCUCCUCCGUUUGAUUUGUCUAAGGCAUUUUCUGACAGUCACUGCUGUGCACCACUGAUUUUUGUUCUGUCUCCUGGUUCUGACCCCAUGGCUGCCCUACUCAAGUUUGCAGAUGACCAGGGAUAUGGGGGCUCAAAGCUUAGCUCCCUGUCACUUGGCCAAGGCCAAGGUCCCAUAGCCAUGAAAAUGAUAGAGAAGGCAGUGAAGGAAGGCAGCUGGGUAGUUCUGCAAAACUGUCACCUAGCAACCUCAUGGAUGCCAACUCUGGAAAAAGUCUGUGAGGAGUUUAAUCCUGAUACAACUCAUCCAGAUUUCCGACUUUGGCUCACCAGUUACCCAUCUCCAAAUUUCCCUGUGUCUGUACUUCAAAAUGGAGUGAAAAUGACUAAUGAAGCACCAAAAGGUUUACGGGCUAAUAUCAUCCGUUCGUAUCUGAUGGAUCCAAUCUCUGACCCUGAAUUUUUCAACACUUGCAAGAAGCCUGUUGAAUUCAAGAAGUUGCUGUAUGGCCUCUGUUUCUUCCAUGCACUGGUUCAGGAAAGGCGGAAAUUUGGACCACUGGGUUGGAAUAUUCCAUAUGAAUUCAAUGAGACUGAUCUGCGAAUUAGUGUACAGCAGCUGCACAUAUUUCUGAACCAGUAUGAGGAGCUGCCAUAUGACGCCCUGCGCUAUAUGACUGGUGAAUGCAAUUAUGGUGGCAGAGUUACUGAUGACUGGGAUCGGCGUACACUCCGUAGCAUUCUGAACAAGUUCUACAAUUCAGAAAUUGUUACAGAUUUAGAUUAUAAAUUUGAUGCCAGCGGCCUGUAUUUUGCCCCUACUGAAGGAGAUUACCAAAGCUAUAUCGAAUAUACAAAGACCCUUCCACUGAACCCUUCCCCAGAGAUUUUUGGGAUGAAUGCCAAUGCUGAUAUUACCAAAGAUCAGUCAGAAACGCAGCUGUUGUUUGAUAACAUUCUUCUUACACAGUCUCGAGCAUCAGGCUCUGGUGCAAGAUCAACAGAUGAAAUUGUUCGUGAAGUGGCAAGUGACAUCCAGAGCAAACUUCCUUCAGACUUUGACAUUGAGGCUGCAAUGAGGAGAUACCCAACCACCUAUACACAAAGUAUGAACACUGUACUUGUCCAAGAAAUGGGGCGAUUUAACAAAUUGCUGCAUACCAUCAGAGACUCCUGCAUUAACAUCCAGAAAGCAAUCAAGGGCCUAGUGGUGAUGUCUGCUGAACUGGAAGAAGUGGUGGACAGCAUUUUGAAAGGCAAAAUUCCAGGAAUGUGGAUGAACAAGUCUUACCCAAGCCUUAAACCACUUGGCAGUUAUGUGAAUGAUUUUCUUGCCAGAUUAAAGUUCUUACAGUUGUGGUACGAAGAUGGAACUCCUCCAGUCUUUUGGCUUUCAGGAUUUUUCUUCACUCAAGCCUUCUUAACUGGUGCCCAGCAGAACUAUGCAAGAAAAUACACCAUUCCAAUAGAUUUGCUAGGCUUUGACUAUGAAGUGCUGGAAGACAAGGAAUACAAAAUUGCUCCUGAAGAUGGUGUCUACAUUCGGGGACUAUUCUUGGAUGGAGCUUGCUGGAACAGAAAAACUAAGAAAUUAGGAGAAUCUUAUCCGAAAAUCCUUUAUGACACUAUACCCGUGAUGUGGCUGAAGCCUUGCAAGAAAUCAGACAUCCCACAACGGCCAAGCUACCUUGCUCCCGUGUACAAGACCAGCGAGAGAAGAGGAACCCUGUCCACUACAGGACAUUCCACCAACUUUGUGAUUGCAAUGAUUCUGCCUUCGGAUAAACCAGAAGAGCACUGGAUUGGACGGGGCGUGGCACUGUUGUGCCAACUUAAUUCAUAAUCUUAGUACAGACAUCUGAAGAUGCUUGUGCUUCAAAAUCAUCAUUUGCGGAAAAUAUAUUUCAGUGUUUAAAUGACUGCUUUCAAAGGAAUCAAAACAUUUUCAAAUAAAUCCUUUAUGCAAUGGAUACGUGCCUUUCACAAUUCAUUUAAAAAUCAAACUAAAAUAUGAAAUAGCUGCAUAUAAUAAAACUUUACAGAAACCAGUUAUUUCUGCUCCUUGAAUAAUUUUAUUUUCUGAAGCUCCUUAUAAAUAAGGAACACAUAAAAUGAACACAACACUGUUGACAAUGAACAAAACAGCAUUUGAUCAUUUCCAGCUUUAUAAAAUUUAAAAAAAUGAUUUUGUUAUAACAAAAAAGAUUGAUAGCUCUGCGAGUAUUUUAUAGGACCAUAAUCACAUUUUUAAACCAUGGACUCAUUGUUAAUGGAAAAAAUU